GCGACGAGGUGAUUUUGGGACUCCGCCACCAGCAUCGCUUGUUCUCCUCCCCAAUCGCAGUCGUCGGGUCGGUGAGAGUGGAAGCCUGGCGUCGGGUCAGUCGUCUGGCCAAAUGAGCGCGUCCUACUAUCGCGAGCAGACCCACUUCUACCCGAGCGUUCAUACCACCGUCUCCAACAAUGUCGUACUACCCGAUGACCACACACAGGCCGACAUCGUUGCGCAAGACAGCCCACCGUCGCACCCAGCCGGCCCACCGCGAUACUGCACCGUGAAGGGAUGCACGGUCAUUUUGUUGUCGGACUACCUGCAUAAGAUGUGCGAAGCCUGCAGAGGUCGCCAUCGCGUCUAUGCCAUGACGAAACGCGCGAAGCGCAAGAUGGAGAAGGCAGCGUUAGGAUCGCAUGGCGGACAACCCGUCAUAUGGAUGCCACAAGACGACGCGAUCGAGGACGAGGACGACGAAGGAGAGGCUCCUCAAUCCUCACAGUCUGUCGAGGCCGAAGAACGUGCUGAAACCGCGGAGACCUUCCGCUUUCCCCCCGAAUCAUGGGAUCACAAUGCCAUCGACCCGACGUUGUUCUCGCAGGAGUCUGCGCUUGCUGGCGCACUGACUCUUCCGGGGUCGUCAAACCAUUCCUUGCGAACUCGUAACAUUGCCCGACAACAAGAAGCAUUAGCCGAUGCGGCUUUGAACUCCCCAUACGCCCCGCUUGCGGAUAACCCGACUUCCAUGAAUCUUCAGACCGGCAUGCAGCUCCCUCUAGCGUCGUUGAGCCCAGCUAUUUUUGAUCGCCCGUCUGACGGACGAGAUGAAUCUGCCCCUCCUCGAAUCUGUUCCAUCAAAGGCUGCAAGGCCCACGUGCCCGGGAACUCUUUUUUCAAGAUGUGUGAGCCAUGCAGAGACCGAUAUCGCAACUAUGGCAUCACCAAACGCGCCAAAUGGAAGCAGGAGAAGGAGGUCGCGGUCGCCGAGCUACAGAAAGUACACGGAGAGGAGGACGAUCGCCCAGCGGAGGCAGGAUUGUCCAUGUCGCCGCUGCUCAAGUCGACCGAGCCCGAAUGGCACGAGUGGCAAACUGACGGGACAACCCGCAUGCAGACGCCCCAAAGCGCGGACGGCGGCGCGGGCCCGAGUGCGCCCCGCCCCGCCCGGAUGUGCACCGUCUCGCACUGUCGCGAGAUUCUCCCGAGCGACUACCAUUUCCUGCGGUGCGACCGGCACCGUCUGCAGAACAGGCACCACAGCAAGCUCAAGCGCGUGCGCGACAAGGAGGUCAAGGUCGCGGCGUUCAACCACUGGAUGGCCUCCGUCGGUCACACCAACGGCAGCGAGCCUCCGCCGGCGCUCGUGCCCGACGACGGGUCCGACUCGGAGGAGGAGCACGGUCCCUCGUAUGAUAAUGAGGGCACGCCCGGGACUGGGAUACCCGCAACUGGCCUCCCGCCCGCUGCACGCGGCAUGCGGCGGACGAACCAUGUUUGCUCUAUCAAAGUGUGCUUCAAUCUGCUCGCACCGACGAAUCCCUGGCGGAUGUGCGAUGCGUGCCGGGCGAGGGACCGAGCGCAUCGAAGGGAAAAGGCACUGAGGGAUAGUGGGGUUAUUACGACGCCGCCACCACGGGCGCCUCGGAGAUCAAGGACUGCUGAUGGAGUUGAUCAGGAGCAGGCCGGAGGUGACGGAGCAGCUGGCGACCUACCGAAGAAGAAAAAGAAGAAAAAGAAAAAGAAAAAGGCGGUCGAAGAAGCUCCCGCCGAGUCGCAGCCAGGCGGAUCGGAUCCUGCAAGUACGACGGUGCAGCAAGCGCCGGAUGUAGAGGUGUCGGGCGAGCCGCAAGCGCCAGGUUUGGUGUUCAUGGCACCUCUGUUGCCUCCUCAGUCGUCAUCUGCAGCAGUCACUGAACAAGCCCCUCCGUCAGAGAUACCCGCAGAUCCAACACUACCCGCGAACUCAACACCGCUUGCCGAGGUACUACCAACAACAGAUGUACCUCCACCUGCGAGUUCACAUCCAAUGGCUGAGCCGAUCGCAGCCCCUUUCCAGAUCGUCUCGGCUGAAGAGAUCGUCUCGAGGACUACACAAGCAGAGGCUACCGCGGCUGCACCCAAGAAGAAGCGGAAGGUGCACAAGAGCGCUGCAAGUGGCAUGCCCUCUGCUCCCGGGCACGUCAACGCUGAGGCGUCGUCAAGCACCUCUGGCGUUCCUGCUGCACCGUUACCCCCGCCGCCUAUCCAACCUGCCCCUCCGGCUGCCCACGAACCACUUCCGUUCCCCCCUCCGCCUCCAUUCCCUAUCGACGCACCCCCGCAUGGGUACCCCCAGUACUACGCACAGCCGUACGGCAUGCAACCGUACGGCGCCCAGCCUCCCCCAUACCCAUAUAGCCACUAUGGUCCGCAUUACCAGUACCCUCCACCGCCCUACGCGUAUCAAUCGCCAUACCCUGCGUACCCGCAGCCCUACCCAUACGCACCCUUGCCACCUUAUGGCCAACAACCUUACGGACCUCCACCGUACUCUGUGGCCGGGCCUCCGCCGCCGGUUCCCCCACCACCACAAGGAACAUACUCGGUCUCGUCGGACUUCGUGUCGCGCACGGACUACGCGGCAGCGUCGCAGAGCGUCCACCAGCAGGGUGGGACGUCGUACGGGGGCCCGGCGGGCACCGCACCGCACUACGCAACGUUCUCCGCGAAGACCGGUGAGCCGCACAACAGGGUGUCGUCUGUGCCAUCGGUGUUGCGGCGGAAGCGCCCCCUAGAGGGAGAGGGCAUGUUCUAUGCGGGCAAACAACCGGCGGCGAGUGCCAGUAGCUCAACUGAGCAGGGAGCUGCUCCGCCGGUGCCUGAGCGUCCUGCGGCUUCGGCUGCGCCUGAAAGCGAUCCUCAUCCCGAGGUCAUCGCUAGUGCGUCGAACAGUGGAAGUGGCCCAAUUGAUGAUGCAAUGACCCAAGUGGUGUGUGGCAACCAGAAGUGUCGGCGCCCGCUCUCUGCGACCCACCAUGGCGGCCUUUGUGCGCGCUGCAGGGAGCGUCUGAAGAAGCGCUCGGAGAAGGCGAAGCAUCGGUUCAGGCUCGAGCCGCGCAGACUCGUUGGCAAGGCCGGUGCGACUGCUGACGAUCGUGGCUCUGUCGAGAGCAGCGAGCAGCAUGUGCACGUCACUGAAUUAGGAGCCGCGUUGGCUGCGUGAUGUAGGCAACUGCAUUUUCAUUGCGACCAAGUCGCACAGUCGCUGUAUGGCUGUAUGACCUUUCUCAUGUAAGCGGCUUCGCUGUUUGUUGUAGCAUUUGGACCGAAAUGCAUGUGAGACCCCUUAGCUGUUAUAUAAUACAGUCUCGUUAACCCAGUCAUGACUUAACUUACUUGCAUGUAUGAGGAAGUUUCCGUUUUCGGUCGGGAAUUGGGAUCGACGCUGACGUCAUGGCGACGUAUCCAGAAAAGGAAGUUCAACUGAUGGACCCAU